CCCCCCCCUCCCCCCUUUCUUAUUCCCCUCAGAAGCCUUUGGUCGACUUGCGGAGUUUCGCCCGUUUUCCCCCCUCAGGUUUCUUCCCGCCUGGACUGAGGCGGAGAAGACGGGAGAGAGAGAGAGAGAGAGAGAUAGAAAGAAAAGGCCUUUUUUUUCCCCCUCACCUCCGGCGCCUUCUCCUUGGACCGCCAUCAUGCAGGAGCUCAUCGCCAGCGUGGAGCACAUCAAGUUCGAGCUGGAGAUCGCGGUGGAGCAGCAGCUCGGGGCCCAGCCGCUGCCCUUCCCGGGCAUGGACAAAUCAGGUGCUGCUGUCUGUGAUUUUUUCUUAAAGGCAGCCUGUGGGAAAGGAGGAAUGUGUCCUUUCCGACAUAUCAGUGGCGAAAAGACAGUGGUUUGUAAACACUGGCUACGAGGCCUGUGCAAGAAGGGUGACCAGUGUGAAUUUUUGCAUGAAUAUGACAUGACCAAGAUGCCAGAGUGUUACUUCUACUCAAAAUAUGGGGAAUGCAGCAACAAGGAGUGCCCGUUCUUGCACAUUGACCCAGAAUCUAAGAUCAAAGAUUGCCCUUGGUAUGACCGAGGUUUUUGUAAACAUGGUCCCCUCUGCAGACACAGACAUACUCGGCGGGUUAUUUGUGUAAAUUAUCUGGUAGGCUUUUGUCCAGAGGGGCCUGCUUGCAAAUUCAUGCACCCUAGAUUUGAACUUCCUAUGGGAACCACCGAGCAACCACCAUUGCCUCCACUAACACAACCACAGCAAAAGCAAAAUAACAACACACCAUUACAAAGGUCUUCAUCCCUCAUCCAGUUAACAAGUCAGAACUCCUCUCCCAGCCAGCAGAGGACUCCACAAGUAAUUGGAGUUAUGCAAUCUCAAAACAACAGCAUAGGAAACAGAGGGCCUCGGCCCUUAGAGCAGGUGACCUGUUAUAAGUGUGGCGAAAAAGGACAUUAUGCCAACAGAUGUACCAAAGGACAUUUGGCUUUUCUUAGUGGACAGUGAAGCAACAAACUAUAGCAUUUUUUUAAUAUGGGAGCCAAGUUAUACUUCAUACCAUCUUGAACUGUUCUACCUUUUUAAACAUCGAUACCAAAAGGAC